GUUGACAUCUGACAAAUCGACAAUGAUUUCGUGGCUGAGACAAACAAUUUAAUAAAAAAAAAAAAAAUCUAAUUAAUUUAUUUUAUCAUUUAUACAUUCCAGCUAAACAGCAAAGAAACGAUAUACAAUGGGAGUGGCUAUAAGCAGAUAUUCAGACAUAUCAUCAAAUGAACUGCUUGACCGAUUUUGCUCUGCUGAAAUUAUCUGCCCAAACGAUCCAUUUUGGAAUCAGCUACUGGCUUUUAACAUUCAACUGCCAAAUGAUACGGAUGAGCAAUUAAUAUUUGACUCAAGCACAGAGGCUCUAUUGCAGAAGUUCUUACAAAACAACCUGCAGACAGGCAACCUAGGCUCUCUAGUUCAAGUAUUCAUCACAAGAGCAACUGAGCUAUUGGCAGCACCUAACAGUGACAAUGUAAUGCUAGCAUGGCAGACAUUCAAUGCAUUAUUCGUGAUACGAGCAGUGAGCAAAUAUCUUGUGGAAAUUGUACCGGAGUACGAAUUAUGUAGACAUUUAGAUGUGAAUGCGGUUCGCGCUGCCAACGGGCCUGUUGAUGUUGGAGAUACUGGCACGCCUCUCCCUGGACAACCAAGUCCGGAGACACCAGAGUCAUUGACACCCGCAACAUCGACACCAACGCAUGCGCCCGAAGCCCCAGCUUCACCCAAGCUGACAUCUGAAAGCAGAGUUGAAAUGUUGAUAGAUGCACUUAUUGGAAUUAUCAUUGAUGUACCUGUUACGGAUAAUACAUAUUAUUUACACUUGGAAUGUAUAAAUACACUUUUAGUACUAAUGUCAGUGUAUAUGUUUGCUGGAGUACAUGGACAAACACGGCUUGUGGAAACCUCCCUUAUAUACAGAACACUCUUCCAAGGUAGAUAUGGUAUGCAUGCUCCGCUACUAGUGAAGACUUUAAUGGUGAACCUGUCCAGCAUGACGCCCGCACCUCCCAACAUGUUCGGCACCGGCACUGGAGAUAGCCUUUUAGUUAAUUUAGCCUCUGGUCUUUGGAGUAUGCUGCGUCUGGGCACCGCACCGCAGACUAUCUAUAGCCAGCCGGCGGUAGACCGUCGUGAGCUGCUGCAGCGGCUACGGAGGGAGCACGGCGUCGCCAACCAGUCCUGUCUGCUGCUGCUGGCGCUCGCCAACCACUGCAUGACGCAGGACAAUCUGUACAGGAACGCGCUACUCUGCUGUGAGGAUACUGCAGAAACUACAACUACGACUCCACAACGCGACUCUGGCGGCGCGCAAGUCACACCGCCUCGGAUAGAUAUGGCUGCGUUACACAAAGCCUUAUGUGCGACUGCGGGCUGCGAGCAUUCCACACUACUCCUGUAUUUGAUGCUGCACUCCUGCAAGGCGUACAAACGGCACAUCACCACCGUGGCUAAUAUAGAGGAUUUAAUAGUACCUAUCCUACAAGUGUUAUACAACGCUCCGGACAGCAACUCUCAUCAUAUCUACAUGUCUCUCAUAGUCCUGCUUAUACUCACUGAAGACGACUCUCUCAUCAAGAAUGUGCACCUUAUUAUGUUGAAGAAUCUAACAUGGUAUACAGAGAGAGCAAUAUCGGAGAUAUCUUUAGGCGGUCUGAUGGUGCUGGUGGUGGUCCGCGCGCUGCAGUACAAUAUGGCCCGCGUUCGAGACAAAUAUCUCCAUACUAAUUGUUUGGCAGCCAUCGCUAAUAUGAGCUGUGAAUUCAGAAAUCUACACCCGUACGUUGCCCAAAGAAUAGUAUCGUUAUUUGAAACAUUAACAAAGAGAAGAUCAAGACUGUGUAGUGAAAUAGAAGGUGGUGAUAUCAAUACUUUAGAAUUGCCACAUCAUGCUGAGGAAAAAACUGAAGAAAUCAUGGACCAUAUAACAGUGCUGGAUGAAGUGAUCCGUAUGCUGUUGGAGAUCAUCAACUCCUGCUUGACGCACCAGCUGUCCUCCAACUUGAACCUGGUGUACGCGCUGCUGCACAAGCGCCACCUCUUCCACCACCAGCAGCAUCAGCACCAUCACCACAUCGCGCAGAACAUAGAAAUGGUGAUAGGAUACUUCUCUACGCGGCUGCAGCGCGUGCAGGAGGGCGCGGGCGGCGACCUCGGCGUUACAGAAGUGCUGCAGUGCAUCAAGAAGGGCGCUGAGCAGUGGUCCAAUGAUAGGCUAAAGAAAUUCCCAGAUUUGAAAUUCCGCUACGUGGAAGAGGAGAGACCUGAGGAGUUCUUUACCCCAUACGUGUGGGGUCUGAUCAGCAGUUGCGGGGGAGUAUACUGGGCUAGUGAGUGCGGCGCGAGGGCUGUAGGGGACCUUUUGUGCUGAAGAACCCCAAAAAUUAUUACAAAUGGUUGUUAUGGACCCCCUAAAAGUUUGUUUUAACAGACCCCCAUAGACAAAGUGAGUUUCGAUUAGCGAAUUCGCUCGUAGAAUUAGCAAAACGUGACAAAAUGUAUAGAAUACGUGACUUAUCGAAUGUUAUUCUCAGCUCCAUACGUUUUUUCUUAAAUAACGAUACCAAUAAUCGAAUAAUUGUCUAAGGGGGCAGAGCGUAAAGCACAGUAUUUUAUCGCAAAUUGAACUCUAUGCUAAUGCAAUAAGGUUUAUUUUCACUUUUCACAUGUUGUAAGGCGAGCAAAUCAAAUUAAACCUUAUUUCAAUUGUGCUAAUCUCAAUUUUUGUAUGUGUUAAAUCUGUUGAUCCUAUCGGAAUGUUAUUAAGGUUGAAAAUGGCAGGUAGUGGCAUUUAACGUGUUAACACAGACUAAUUACAAACAGACAUAUUUGUAUCAUCAAUACAAAGAAACUACAAAAAUCCAUACACAAUAUAUGACAUUAUCGGCCAAAAAAUGUAAAACUUAAUACAAUUGAAAAGUUAUCGUAAAUUAAAUAAUAGUGGGUUAUAACAUAAAAGAUUUAUAAAGACUUUACAGUAGAAAGAAAUCUCAAACUUGUAGCAUUUUAACAAAUUUAAACAAUAAUUAAUCUAAAAAUCAAAUCUCCCUAUAACGUUAUCUAUAAAUUGAUUAUAUAAAUUAUGAAAUAAAUAAAAAAAUUGUAAUUUAAUAUCAUCGUUGAAGGUUAAAAUAUUAUCUUCUUUCUGAUUAUAUAGGUUAAAGGCGUCACCGGGGGGGUAGAUAGGAAUUCUAAUUCGAAAAAAAAACAUGGAACCGCCUCCCUUAGACCUAGCCUAGAUAAUCGGAUUACCUAUUUCAUAUGUAGAUAUUGUCACAAAAUGUUGUGGUAAUUAAAUAAUGUUAUUUCUAACUAAUAUAAAUGCAAAAGUUUAGAUGGAUGGAUGUUUGUU